AUGCUUUUGGAAGUACUGGGUUUGCUGCUUAGGCAAGUAGCUUUGCCACAGGUGUUCUUUGAUGUGAAGAUUGGAGACAAAGAUGUUGGCAGAAUUGUAAUUGGAUUGUUUGGAAAAGUUGUCCCAAAGACUGUGGAGAACUUCAUUGUGCUGGCAACUGGAGAAAGAGGAUAUGGAUACAAAGGAAGUAAAUUUCAUCGUGUGAUCAAAGACUUCAUGAUUCAAGGGGGAGACUUUACAUCUGGAGAUGGAUCAGGAGGAAGAAGCAUCUACGGGGAAAAGUUUCCAGAUGAGAACUUCAAGCUUAAACACUAUGGAAUUGGAUGGGUUAGCAUGGCUAAUUCUGGUCCAGACACCAAUGGAUCCCAGUUCUUCAUCAGUGUGACAAAGCCUUCCUGGUUAGAUGGAAAACAUGUAGUGUUUGGCAAAGUCCUUGAUGGAAUGUCUGUGGUGCACUCAAUAGAACUCCAGCAGACAGAUGAACACGACCGGCCUCUUCAAGACUGUGUGAUUGUGAACAGUGGCAAAAUAGCUGUAAAAGAACCAUUUGUAGUUGAAGUAGGCGACUGGUGAGACCAAUAGUCAGAAUGGAAAGUAAAAAUUACCACUUUCUUUAAGGCUUGUUUUUGACUGAUCUCCUCAAAAUAUAUCAGGCUGUAUUUAGGUAAUACUUACUAUUUGCCAAAUACAUAAAAGAUAUGAGCAUUCCUAUAAUAAUUCUAUGGAUCUGUCACUCCUUGAAGUUCAUGACAUAUCUACUAAAUUGCAGAAGAAGUCGUCAAUGAAAAGUGUUAGAUGCAUUUCUA